AGUCGUUUUACAUCUAAUCUGGAGUUGAUGCAUUUUAUAGAUUACACACGAGCUGUUAUUAUUAUUAUUAUUAUUAUUAUCUGUGCUGUAAAAUAGAAGUGUUACAUUACUUUCUGCUGGUGUUGGGCCAGAUGACGUCACGGACAGAAGUGAAUUACGCAGCACUUCCAUGAGGUGUCCCUGUCCUCUAAAGGUCUUACCAUGGGUCCAGUUUGAAUCUAAAAGAAGACAAAACAAAACAACAACUUUGUUCGCUGUUUCAUGUUCAGGUUGGGGGCUGGCUUCUCCCCACCACUGUCUCCAUCCACUCCAUUUGUCUCCGUGUCCUGUGUGGAUGCACAUCCUCCCUUCCAGUAUGAGUUUCGGAAGUUGUGCGCUCCUCCCUGGUUUGAGUUUGGCUCAAAAAAGACACUCAACCAUGAAAAUAUCAUAAGUUCUAAUGGGGAAGUCUCGCUUACACAGGCUGUGCUUCUCCUUUUUAAGCCUGACUAGUAGCUUUUGGAGGUGCCCUCUUUCGAAAAGGACCUUGAUCUUUGCGACCGUAUGCGUACUCUAUUUGGUUUUUAUGGUUUCGUAUGUUGGAUAUUCACAGCAGCACCGGGACAGAAGGACAGACACGCACAAGUACCGACACACCCGUGGACUGGAGACCAGUAAUGGUGCCUUCUCGUACUCUGCGGACUUACAGACCGGCGCGAGCCCCGUGGUUCCAACUCGGUCCAACGUGGUUUACAUUACGCUCAGGUUUAAACGCAUGAAACCCGCAAAUAUUCGGGGAACAAUCAGACCAAAACUCAGGAGGAAAGUGAGGAAGAAUAAAACAGCAACUUCAGCUUUUACGCAGGACAGAUUUAGCACUUUGGAGCGGGACGUGGCGCAAAAUAAGCGCAACGAGAAAGAAACCGGGGAUGUUGAUUAUAAAUCUUUACACACAAUUCCUAAAUCUCCCAACAAUGAAGUGGGUGAAGAGUCUGAGAUCAGCUCUAUUCGGAUCUACAGCCAACAGGCACCACAGUGGCUCAGCCUACAGGACGUGAAAGCCAUGCGCUUUCUUGCGGAUGCCAAAGUUUGGCGCAUCCGAGAAGUUUUCCGCGAAGACGCUCCAUCACUUCUGAUGUUUGAGGGCGAGACACGGGAGCAGCCACCGGGCAACCGAAGCCACGCAGCGCGGGGCAGCGUGUGCACGGGACAGUGUGGAGUCAUCAACAGCCCCGUGGACAACAGCGAGGUCUUCGCUUUCCACUUGGACAGAGUUCUGGGUCUGAACAGGACUUUACCAGCUGUGAGCAGAAUAUUCACAUUUUUACACGAUGGCCAGCCCUGUCCAGUGGUGUCAUGGGAUGCGUCUCUGUACCCAGAGGGCCUUGCUGCAGGCUGGACCACUGUGAGGUUAACAUGGGGGGGUUACCAGAGAUCCUUGAAACAAAGGUGCUGGCAUAAAAACAUCAGCCCAAAGCCAGACUCUGGCUGCUCCACCAUCCAUCACCAUGAGUGGAGCAAACUCGCCCUCUUUGACUUCCUGUUACAGAUUCACAGCCGUUUGGAUCAGAGCUGCUGUGGCUUCAAGCCUCGGCAGGAGGAUCAGUGUGUGGUACUGGGCCACCACGCUGACUGUGUGAACCAGGACCACAUUCAACUGGCAAACAUCAUCCACAGGGGUCACGAUCCCAGACGCCUGGUCUUGACAAACAACAAGGGCUUCUUCGACCGCAAUGAAGACAACUUGGACUUCAGGCUGUUGGAGGGGAUCACAGAGCUUCCGGAGCAGGCGGUAUCAGUGUUAAGGAGCAGGAGGCUGAGGGAAAAACUCAUCCAGUCUCUGUUCCUGGACCAGACGUAUUGGGAGAGCCAGGGCGGCCGGCAGGGCAUCGAUAAGCUGAUCGAUGUUAUUGAGAGGCGGGCAAACGUCCUUCUCACCUACAUCAAUGCCCAUGGCAUCAGAGUUGUUCCAGUGGAUGUUUAAUGAGGUCCAAACCUAGUUUUCUUCCUGUGCCGUUUCUUGAUCCUGUCUGCGUAACAAUCAGCUAAUGACUAAAUGACUUAAUGAUAGGAGCUGAGUAUAACAGCCCAUGCUGUUGAGUUUAUAUGGCCAUAAUCCUCAUUUUAGUGUUAUUUAAAGUGAAACACUGUGGAAUUUAAAUGAUUACUAGGAAGUUGCAUACCUUUUCUUGAAAAUGAAGGGCAUAAAUUGACAUAAAAUACAGUUGCUAUUUUGAUUAUUUGAAACUUUUUGAAUAGUCAGUGGUCAAAGAAACAUAAUUCAUUUGACAUCCACUUUAAGUCUAACUCUAAACUAUAGAUUUACCUCCUUCACUGUGGGUCUUUCUUUCUUUCUUUCUUCCAUUCAUACAAAUACACUGUAAACAUUAUUCAAAGACGUUUCUGCAGAAAAAGCAUUGUCCUCCUACUCAUGCCUUCCAGCUAUUUUAAAUUGCUUUGUGUAUACGGCGAAAUCUCUGCAUAUGCUGUAAAUUAUUGUCUUAGUGGAAACAGCCGUAGAUCCACUGGGAUUACCUGGCCUCACAGAUAAGAGUUUAAUUUGAACGAGUAAUUGUAAAAAUGUUUUUUUCUUUUUUUUAACAUAAACCACAAGACACCAAGAAAAUGAUGGGUCCAUGCAUGAAUUUCACAUUGCAUAUUUAAAAAGUGUCAGCCAAUUUAAACGUGCUGUAUGAGUUAAAGUUGUACAAUAAUUCAGCACAACACAGCAUCGGCUUGUUCAAUUAUCAACGCGUGAAAUGAAGCAAAGAGAAACCCAGAGACAGAGACAGGUCACCUUCACACUGAAAUAUUACCUUCAUCGUUGCUGCUUGCCACUUUGUCCUUUAUCACAUAUUUCUUUUUGGACUUGAAUGAUAAUGUCAUGCACUGCACCGUUAUGAAAGCAUGGUCAAAACAAAAGGAAUCUGAACAUAAUUUAUAUGUUUGUACUUUCUUUUCUUCUUGUUGAAGCUGUCAAUAAAAUCAUUUUGUCAUCA